AUGUUGGGAAUUAAGAUUCUACCAGUUCUCCUAUUCGGCGCAAUUGCCCAAAGCAAGUACAUCGUGCCCGGGGGCCGUUGGCACGAUACAGAUGGCAAUCUUGUGAGCGCUCAUGCGGGAAGUAUUACUUUCGAUGAGGGCACGGGUCGAUUCUGGUGGUUCGGAGAAUACAAGAUUGAGGGACAGGAGGAGGGCGGAGGUGUGUCGGUGUAUAGUUCUGAGGAUUUGGCGACGUGGGAGUCGCAUGGGUUGGCUUUGGAGCCGGUGAAGAACCAUACGUAUAUUUCUCCAGAGAAUGUGAUACAGCGACCCAAGGUUGUUUAUAGUGAGGAGACUAGUCAGUAUCAUAUGUUCUGGCAUGCCGAUAACUCUACGUAUGGAUUGCUACUCCAGGGAUUUGCGACGUCAGAUACCCCCGCCGGUCCCUAUACCUUUGUCAAUGCGACAGCUCCCAUGGGCAAUUGGUCGCAGGAUUAUGGCCUCUUCACGGAUUAUAAGGAUGGGCGAUCAUAUGCGCUUUACUCGAACGGCGAUAGCGUGGAGGGUCGCGAUGUCUAUAUUACCCGGUACAAUAAGGAAGUCUCAGAGCUGGAAGAGGUGGUCUAUCGAUUUAAUAAGUUCGAUCUCGAGGCACCUACCAUUGUCCAGACGGACAACAGCUACUACGCGUUGAUGAGCCAUAAGACUGGAUACAGACCUAACAAUGUCGUUGCGUUCCGGGCUGAUUCGCUGGAGGGCCCUUGGUCCCAGCCGUUCAUGGUCGCGCCCCUGAACACGCGCACAUUCAACUCUCAGUCUGGAUACACUUUGAAGAUUGAGGGCUCCAAGAAGACUACAUACCUUUACAUUGGUGACCAGUGGGACUCAAACUCGCUCUGGGAGAGUCGUUACAUCUGGUUACCCAUUGAGAUUGACGAUAAGAAGAAAACGCUAGAGCUGGCUUGGCACGAUGUCUAUGACCUCAAUGUCAAAACCGGCGAGUGGAAACCAAUCGAAGGAAAGACCUACUAUGGAAAAGAUGCAAAGACUUCCGGAGAUGCGUUCAAGCAAGAGGCCAACUUCGCGAGCCACAACACCAUUCUAACCGGCAUCUACGGCAACGAUAGCACAGUCACAUUCGAAGGUAUCGAAGGCACAGGCAAGCCGCAGUGGGUAUCUUUCUACUACCAGAACACCGAUGACAUGGGAUUCGGAGACCAACCUGGUGGAACCCCCGAUCGCAUCGGAGGCGAAUGGCAACUCCGACGCAUUAGCAGCGUCGUUGUCAAUGGCAACACUUCCAACGUAGAAACGCUCUAUCAGCGGGAUACCCACAAGAGCAUCAUCCUCUCCACACCACUGAAACUUACUCUCGAGAAGGGAAAGCAGAACACUAUCACGAUCGGCGGACUUUACAACGGAUUUGACUACAAGGGAGCUGACCUUGACAGAAUUGUUGUUUAUCCUCCUGAGGAAUAG